CAGCCUUUGAUGAUGCGGUGGAAGAACGUGUGAUCAAUGAAGAGUAUAAAAUAUGGAAAAAGAAUACCCCUUUCCUAUAUGAUUUGGUAAUGACCCAUGCUCUGGAAUGGCCCAGCUUGACUGCUCAGUGGCUUCCUGAUGUAACAAGACCCGAAGGCAAAGAUUUCAGUAUUCACCGGUUAGUCCUGGGGACCCACACUUCAGAUGAACAAAAUCAUCUUGUGAUAGCGAGCGUGCAGUUGCCUAACGAUGAUGCACAGUUUGAUGCUUCGCACUACGAUAGCGAGAAAGGAGAGUUUGGAGGCUUUGGGUCAGUUAGUGGAAAAAUUGAAAUUGAAAUCAAGAUAAAUCACGAGGGAGAAGUGAACAGAGCACGUUACAUGCCACAGAACCCGUGUAUCAUCGCUACGAAGACUCCAUCCAGUGAUGUCCUUGUCUUUGAUUACACCAAACACCCUUCUAAACCAGACCCUUCUGGAGAGUGUAACCCUGAUCUGCGUCUUCGUGGACACCAGAAGGAAGGUUAUGGGCUGUCAUGGAACCCGAACCUGAGUGGGCAUUUGCUUAGUGCUUCUGAUGAUCAUACCAUUUGCUUGUGGGAUAUUAGUGCUGUUCCAAAAGAAGGCAAAGUGGUGGAUGCAAAGACCAUCUUCACAGGGCAUACAGCAGUAGUGGAAGAUGUAUCUUGGCACCUGCUCCAUGAAUCUCUUUUUGGAUCCGUUGCUGAUGAUCAGAAGCUCAUGAUUUGGGAUACUCGGUCAAACAACACCUCCAAACCUAGUCAUUCAGUGGAUGCUCACACAGCUGAAGUCAACUGCCUCUCUUUCAAUCCUUACAGUGAGUUUAUCCUGGCUACGGGAUCAGCUGAUAAGACUGUUGCUCUAUGGGACUUGAGGAACCUAAAACUGAAGUUGCACUCCUUUGAAUCACAUAAAGAUGAAAUAUUUCAGGUUCAGUGGUCUCCCCAUAAUGAAACUAUACUGGCCUCCAGUGGCACUGACCGCAGGCUAAAUGUUUGGGACUUGAGUAAAAUUGGGGAAGAGCAAUCCCCUGAAGAUGCUGAGGAUGGUCCCCCAGAGCUGUUGUUUAUUCAUGGUGGUCAUACUGCAAAGAUAUCUGAUUUCUCCUGGAAUCCCAAUGAACCCUGGGUAAUUUGUUCUGUAUCAGAAGAUAAUAUCAUGCAAGUCUGGCAAAUGGCGGAGAACAUCUAUAACGAUGAAGACCCUGAAGGAAGUGUGGAUCCAGAAGGUCAAGGAUCCUAGAUGACACCCUCUUCCCGUUUUUAGUCUUUUUCCUUCUCUUCCCUCUCAACCCUGAUAUUGACUUAACACUGGUUUUGAGACACACGUAGACUUUGUGUUCAGCCAUCCUUCUGUAGAUACCAUCAACAGGCUUUUUAGCCCAGACAGUGAGUACUCCCAAAAAAAAAGGGCUUAGCCCAGCUCAGCUGGUACCAUGCUGUAGCUCCUUGGCCAGACUCCCUACAGCAACCUCUUGCCUAUAGGGCUGGCUAUCCUGUUUUACCUGCCUCCAUCACACUGAGCAAACUGGGUUUUGUUGGGUUUUUCUUCUUCUGCCUUUAGCUUGCUA